AACGGAGACCGGGGAGAUCUUUGUGCCCGUGGCUAUCCACUACUUGUACUAGCGCCUUCGAGGGGGAAGCUAUGCUCCGGGGAACGCGGAGAUUGCUGAUCGCAAAACUGCGAGCUAAACAGCCCGCCUUUCCCGUGUCGUCUUCUCGAGAUUUUGCUUGCACCACUCACAGGUGGGAACAAAAGCCAUCUUCUGUGGAAGCAAAGUGGAAAGACACAGCAGAAACUGUAAUUAUUGGAGGUGGUUGUGUUGGUGUCAGUCUUGCCUAUCAUUUGACCAAGGCUGGCAUGAAGGAUGUACUUUUGUUGGAAAAAUCUGAACUCACUGCUGGAUCUACUUGGCAUGCAGCAGGUUUGACAACAUAUUUCCAUCCUGGAAUAAAUCUAAAGAAAAUCCAUCAUUACAGCAUCAAGCUUUAUGAAAAGUUAGAGGAGGAGACAGGGCAGGCUGUGGGGUUUCAUUGCCCAGGGAGUGUUAGAAUUGCGUCAACACCAACAAGAGUGGAUGAACUUAAAUACCAAAUGACUCGAGCAGGAUGGCACCCCACAGAACAAUACCUUAUUGAUCCAGAAAAAGUGCAAGAAUUAUUUCCGUUAUUAAACAUGGAAAAGGUUUUAGCUGGUCUGUACAAUCCUGGAGAUGGUCAUAUAGAUCCUUAUUCUCUUACUAUGGCCUUGGCUGCAGGAGCCAGGAAAUAUGGAGCUCAGUUAAAUUAUCCAGUUCAAGUAACUAAUUUAAAAUGUAGACUAGAUGGAACAUGGGAAGUUGAAACUCCACAUGGAACAAUUAAAGCAAACAGAAUUGUGAAUACAGCUGGUUUCUGGGCUCAAGAAAUAGGUAGAAUGAUUGGACUACAUCAUCCACUUAUACCUGUUCAUCACCAAUAUAUUGUUACUGGAACUAUCCCAGAAGUGAAAGUCUUGAAGAAGGAAUUGGCUGUUCUUCGUGACUUGGAUGGUUCAUAUUAUCUAAGACAAGAAAGAGAUGGCCUUUUAUUAGGGCCAUAUGAAAGUCAGGAAAAAAUGAAACUGCAGAAAUCUUGGGUAGAAGAUGGAGUCCCACCAGGCUUUGGAAAGGAGCUUUUUGAAUCUGAUUUAGAUCGAAUAAGUGAUCAUGUCGAGGCGGCUAUGGAAAUGGUCCCUGUCCUGAGAGAAGCAGAUAUUAUCAAUGUAGUUGCAGGUCCUAUAACAUAUUCUCCAGAUAUUCUGCCAAUGGUGGGACCACAUCAGAGCGUUCAUAAUUACUGGGUGGCCAUUGGUUUUGGUUGGAUUUCCUAAAGAAGAAAGAUUUGCUGGGAGACCUACAGAAAGAAUCAGUGGGAUUUAUGAAAACCUUAAGUCUGAAUGCUCCAUGGGAUUCCAUGCAGGCUGGGAACAACCUCAUUGGUUUUACAAACAUGGGGAUGACAUUGGAUACAAACCUAGUUUUCGACGCACAAAUUGGUUUGAACCUGUAGGUCGGGAAUAUCAACAAGUGAUGGAAAAAGUGGGUGUGAUUGACCUUACUCCUUUUGGCAAGUUUAGCAUCAAAGGCAGUGAUUCAGUUAAACUUUUGGAUCGUCUGUUUGCAAAUGUGGUCCCAAAGAUGGGUUUCACAAAUAUAAGUCAUAUGUUAACCUUCAAAGGCAAAGUCUAUGCUGAACUCACAGUCUCUCAUCUGAAUCCAGGGGAAUUUUUAUUAAUUACUGGUUCUGGAUCAGAGCUUCAUGACUUAAGAUGGAUUGAAGAAGAGGCACUUAGAGGACACUACAAUAUUGACAUCAAAAACAUUACAGAUGAAAUUGGAGUACUGGGUGUAGCAGGUCCAUAUGCACGGAAAGUUCUCCAGAAAUUAACUUCUGAAGAUCUUAGUGAUGCUGCAUUUAGUUUUCUACAAUCCAAGCAUUUAAGCAUUGGUAACAUUCAUGUUACUGCAAUUAGAAUUUCUUAUACAGGUGAACUAGGAUGGGAAUUGUACCACAAACGAGAAGAUACUGCAGCUCUAUAUUCUACAAUCAUGGAUGCUGGAUGUGAAGAAGGAAUUGACAACUUUGGAACAUAUGCAAUGAAUACUUUACGUCUAGAAAAAGCUUUUCGUGCCUGGGGAGCAGAGAUGAAUUGCGACACAAAUCCACUGGAAGCUGGACUGCAAUAUUUUAUCAAAUUAAAUAAGCCAACAGACUUCAUAGGAAAGAAUGCAUUGAAACAGAUUAAAGAAAAGGGGCUUGAACGAAAACUUGUGUGUCUCAUCUUGAAAACAGAUGAUGUUGAUCCUGAAGGAAAUGAAAGUGUCUGGUAUAAUAACAAGGUUAUUGGCAACACCACAUCUGGAUGUUACAGCUAUAGUAUUCAGCAAAGUCUGGCUUUUGCAUAUGUUCCUGUGGAACUCAGUAAAGUUGGACAGAAGCUGGAAGUUGAGUUGCUAGGCAAAAAGUACUCGGCAAGUGUUGUUCAAGAACCACUGGUAAUGACUGAACCAACAAGAACACGGCUUCAAAAGAAAGGCGGAAGUUCUAAAGUAUAAAUAAAGGAUCACAUAGUUAUCAUGAUUGACAAUUAAGAUGGGAUUAACUUGAUUUGAAAUGUUUCUAUAUUUGAAAUUGCCAUGUGACUUGAAUCACAUAAGAUAGAAAAUAUGAAAGAGCUUAUCUGAAGUAAAAAGAUAUGUUGUGAAUAUUGGCAUUUCAUUUGGGAAAAAAUGUAACAACAACAACAAUAAUCAUCCAUAAGAAUGUAUUCAAGAGAAAAAAAUAUCAUGUUUACAUACUUAAAACAUUCAAUAGUGUUUAGUAGGCUCAUUCAAGCUGAUUCUAAGAACACUGAUUUUAUCUGUAUGCCUAUAUCCAAAUUAUUUGUACAUUUAUUGUGUUAAGCAUUUGAUUAUCUGCCAGAAAUAUAAUAGCUUAUCUCUAAAUAAUUGAUGGGUAAUUCUGAUCUUAGGCAGAAAUUACUUCCAUUGAUAUCUUUAAAAAAUCAAGGGGAAAAGAAAGAGAGAAGAAUUACAACUUGCAAAGCAGUGUAGUAAAAAGAAAACAAGGUUUUUGCAAAGCUACUGUUUUUAUAUUGCUGGAACAAUAUUAGGUUACAGGUAGUCUUCGAGUUAUGUCCAUAUGUUUAGCAGCUAUUCUGAGUCACGAUGGUGCUGAAAAAAGUGAUUUAUGACCAGUUCUCAUUUUAACAACUGUCACAGUCAUGUGAUUGCAAUUUAGGCUCUUGGAAACCAGAAUAUAAUUAUUUUAUGAUUUGCUGAAUGACCUGGUGAUUCACUUAACCAUCAUGGCAAAAAACGUAACAUUGGGUGCAAUCCUAAAUUUAUUUCAAUCCCAAUUGUGGUUGUAAUUUGAGGACUAUUUGUAUACAACUUCCUUUCCACAAUAACAAACAGAUAAAAAUUCAACCUGUUUUGAAAAUAUACCAUUUCUUGAUGGGAUGGGAUAUGAGCAAUGCAGAAGUUGAAAGAAGUUUGUGCAUCAGUUGAAAGAAUUUCAGUUUGAAAGAAUUUCUUGAGUGCUUCCAUCUGCCACUUGAGCAUUAAGAGGGUGAUCAACUCCUUGUAAACAUUUUUUACCGAAACAAAGUAGCAGAAAAGUGGAUUUAUUGCUUUUAUUUAUGCUUGGAAUGUUUUAUAUUAGUAGAAAGGGGUAUUGCACUAAAGUAACAGAACUAGCAUAGAAAAAAAAGACCUUUUCUGGACAACAAAACAUUGUUGCUUGAAUGCUGGGAAAAUGUGAAUACUACCAUCUGGAUAUACUAUAAAAAUGAGUAACAAAUGCAUAUCAAAUAAAUGUAAACAUCAUUUUUCUUCUGUGAAGCACCUGAAGUAAUUUAAAAUGAAUCACAUAACUUAAUGGCUGUAUUUAAUUCAAUCUGAAAAGAGGAAAUUUCAGCAAAAGUUUGUAAAGCAGAAAAUUAUGUGUGAAUAUUGAGAAUAUUUCAUUAGGACUAAAAGUAGUUUAAAAUGGCAUUAGGGCCUGGAGUUUCUGUACUAAGCAGGUUAAUCAUAUGAUGUCACAUGACAGUGUAACUUAGUGAUAGCAGUUCCUGCAGUCUUCAUGCAUCCUGAAUAAUUAGUGCCUCCUUCAUUGCUUUUCUCUGAUCCCCUCCAGAAAUGUAUGUCACAAAAGUUCAAAAAUGUAUCUCUUUGUUAUUGUGGAAAGAAAGUUGUGUAACCCA